AUGUUGACUAACAAUCAACUAACGACGCUACCCCCGGAUUUUGGCGUUCAAACAAAGCUCGAGCUCGUGCGUUUGGCCAUGAACAAGAUCACUGAGGUGCCCACCUCUUUUUGGGAGGCGCCUGCCCUUACCUGGGUGGGUCUGGCCAGCAAUCCCAUCCUUGGCCGCUAUCGACAUCGCCAGCAGCUUGCCUCGGCCAUUGACCUAGAGGAACUUUCUUUCGGAACCCUGCUCGGCGAGGGAUCAUCGGGCCGCGUCUUUGAAAGUCUAUGGAACGGCUCACGAGUUGCUGUCAAGCUGUUCAAGAAGACCUCUACUGACGGCAGUUUUCUGGAUGAGAUGGGGCUAGCAGCUUCCGUUCAUCACCCGGGUCUGAUUCAUAUUCAUGGGAUCGUUCAUGGCGGCCCAGAACAUGGCCUCGUCAUGGAGAUGCUUGAUGGUUUCCAACCGUUGGCUCAUCCCCCCGACGCCUGGAACACCGUGCGAUGCAUUUAUUCAGAAGGCCAAACGUUUGUCGCCUCGCGCGCCGCAUCCUUACUGACUACUGUGGGCCAGGCUCUCCACCACUUGCACGAGAACGGGAUCAUUCACGGUGACUUUUAUGCACACAACGUCAUGUACAACUCGGUGACUGGCGAUGUACGACUUGGUGAUUUUGGUGCCGCCUGGCGAACUUUUGCGCUUCAGCCUGAGCAGCAAGCGCGUGCACAAGCUUUUGAUACGCGGGCAUUCUGCCUGCUGAUGCAGGCACGUCCCAUCGUUUGUGUCCCCCCCCCCUCCCUCUAUAAUCUCUCUGCUUUAUGUCAACUGUGUGUGUCUGAUGAGAGCGUGCGACCCCAUCACAUGACCCUAGGAAGUUACCUCUCGAGUGGUGGACCACGCCGACUGGGCCAGCAGGGCACGUCAAGCAGCUACAAACUGCAUUCAUGCCCCACCUUCCACGCGAGCUCGUCUUCCCAGUCUGAUUGCUGCCUGUAA